CAACCAGCUGCAGUUUAUGCAGAGAAUAGUCAUCAAAUCCCUGUGGCGGCACCCGUUCGCUUGGCCUUUUUACCAGCCGGUUGAUGCAGUCGCUCUUGGACUACCUUGAGUAUAGAGAUACAGAAAUGUCGUUACAGUGGUCCUACACUGACAGCUCAAACCCUUCAAAUGAAAGAUUUUUUUUUAAUUGCCCUGCUUUUGCAUUUUUAACAAAUUAAUUAGUAUGUAGUUUUUCAGUUUGGACAACACCAAAGUAGUUCAGAUCUAGGACCACUAAAUACUCCCCACCUCCUCACCCCAUUUUUCAUUUUGAGGGGGAAAAAAAAAUAAAAGCAACUGCAUACAGCACUCCAGAAAUCAGACAAAUGUGUUUUAAUUACCAUUUUCCUGUUUGUAGUGUUUGUAGUUGACUUACUUGUAGUUAAAAACCUGUCUGAUCUUUGCAGUGCUUAUGUUUCUUGACCUCCCUGAUUUCUUCUUGCUAAAUGCUCUUUGUGCAUGUCUUGUUAUAUGAUUGAAGUAAUUUGCAGCUGGAAAAGCAUCCAAUGUGAUAAACAUGCAAAAAAAAAGUAUACACGCAGAGUUUAAAUUCUUUUCAUUAGUCACACUUGAAGCACAUCUUUGAGGACAGCAUUCAUCUGACAAUGACUUUUUUAAAUCAGGACUAUCAUAAGAUAAUAACAACCCCUAUGGACAUGGGUACCAUCAAGAAACGGCUGGAGAACAACUAUUAUUGGAGUGCGAGUGAGUGCAUGCAAGACUUCAACACUAUGUUCACCAACUGCUACAUAUAUAACAAGCCCACAGAUGACAUAGUGCUGAUGGCACUUGCUGUGGAGAAAGUUUUUCUUCAAAAAGUUGGCCAAAUGCCUCAGAAGGAAGUUGAGAUUCUUCCCCAAGGACCUAGAGGGAGAGCCAGAAAAAAUGGCCCCUCUGUUUUGACAACGUUAUCAGAAAACAGGAUGAAAAAUGACAGCGCAGGCCAAGACACCACUCAAAUGAGUACGUUAGAAGAGAAGGAGUUACCACGACAACAAACCGAACGGUGCAGCCUGAGCAAACAGCUGAAGUACUGCAACGACAUUUUGAAGGAAAUGCUGUCCAAGAAACAUGUAGCCUACGCCUGGCCGUUCUACUUGCCUGUAGAUGCUAAAGCUCUGGGGCUGCCUGACUACCAUGAGAUCAUCAAAUACCCCAUGGAUCUCAACACUGUUAAAAAAAAGAUGGAUGGAGGAGAAUACAAAGACGUGCAGCAGUUUGCGGCAGAUGUGAGGUUAAUAUUUUCCAAUUGCUACAAGUACAACCCCUCGCAUCAUAGUGUUGUCGGCAUGGCCAGAAAACUUCAGGGAGUGUUCGAGCAGAAAUUUGCAAAAAUACCUGAUGAGCACGUGGAGUUAAAUGUACCAGGCGGUUCUGUGUCUGCAAAGAGAGCAGCUACAUUUGGAUUAAACGACAACAGUUCCAAUAGUUUGGACAAAUCCGAGUCAGCAGAGGAGGGUGUAGCUCGACUUGCUGAGUUUAAAACUGUUCAUGAACAGCUUGCUGCCCUGUCCAAAGCUCCUGUGAGUAAACCAAAGAUGAGGAACGAAAAGGACAAGGACCUCAGCAAGCAAAGUAAAGGAACUACCAGUUCCAAACGUGCUUUAAACUCCAGCCCAAGGCUGUCAUGGAAAAGGAGCAAAGACUGGGAUUCAGAUGAUGAGUCUUUGCAGAUGACAUACGAGGAAAAGCACCAGCUUAGCCUAGACAUUAACCGCUUACCUGGCAUGAAGCUGGGCCGUGUGGUGCAGAUCAUUCAGUCACGAGAGCCCAACAUGUGCAGCAGCAACCUGGACGAGAUCGAGAUCGACUUCGAGAUACUGAAGCCGUCCACGCUGCGUGAGCUGGAGCAAUUUGUCAAGUCUUGCCUGUACAAAAAGUUCAAGACAUUUCAGAAAAAGAGGAAUCAGACUGCACCUCAUAACGCCAGCAGCAGCAGUUCUUCAGAUUUAGGUACCAGCAGCUCCACUGAGUCCAGUUCAGAAGACAGUGACUCGUGAUCAGUGUGCUGUUAUAUUUAUUAUUUCUUGUUUUGUGACCAAAAGAUGUUCCUUCAAAGAUGUUAAACAUGCUUAUUUUUCUAUGUAUAUUCACAUUAAACUUUACCAUUUAUGUUUACA